AUGGAUCAGAGGCCGAGCACUGAUGAGGAAAGGAAGGAGGUCAACAAGAUACCAUAUGCAAAUAUUAUAGGAAGUGUUAUGUACACGAUGUUGUGUACUAGGCCAGACUUGGCACAAGCCAUUAGUGUGACUAGCCGGUUCAUGGCUGAUCAUGGGAGACAACAUUGGGUUGCACUGAAAUGGAUGCUCAGAUACCUCAAGGGUGCAUCAAAAUUUGGUCUGGUUUACAAGGCAGAAAGUGAUCAUCAAGGUGGAGCUCUCGCAGGUUUUUGUGAUUCGGACUAUGCUUCCAACAGAGAUAAUCGAAGGUCACAAACUGGUUAUGUUUUUAAUUUGUUUGGUACUGCAGUAAGUUGGAAGUCGGGACUUCAGCAUGUGGUGGCCCUAUCAACAACGGAGGCUGAGUAUAUUGCUAUUACAGAAGCAGCGAAGGAAGCCAAGUGGUUGAAGGGGAUUUUGGAAUACUUUGGUGAAAGACAAGAAACUGUGGACAUAUUCUGUGAUAACAACAGUGCAUUGUCUCUUGCAAAACACCAAGUUUUUCAUGAGAUGAGCAACCACGUUGAUGUAAGGAUGCGUUUUGUCAGAUAUGAAGUUCAGAAUGGAGAGAUAAGAAUGGUGAAAGUUUCAACAGAUCACAAUGCUGCAGAUAUGUUGACAAAGUCAUUGCCAGCCGUGAAGUUUAAGUACUGUCUAGGGUUGGUGGGACUUCAAGAGUAG